UGUCAAGUCAACUCAAAAGUCGAACGAAGUCCAAUAAAUUUCAGGAAAAAAUCUUAUCAAAAUUUUCAAUAAACAAGUUUUUCGAAAUGUAAGAAGUCUUAAUCACUUAUAAACAAUUUGGACUUUAAAAUUAGGAAAAUAUAUUUUAUUAUAUACAUAUCUAUCAUACAAACAAAUAUUAUAAUGGUAGACACUUGUGAUGAAAUAACCUCUCUUGAGAGUAGACAUAGAAAAGAGAAGAAAGAGUUGCAGGCACAAAUCCAAGCGCUAAAGAAGACUGCUAAAAAUGAUAAGACUAAAAAGAAGGAGCUCACUGCUGAGAUCGCGCGGUUAGAGACUGAACAAGAGAUACGUCACAAACAAGAACUCCAAGAUCUCGAAGCCACACCAAAAGGGUCUGCUCCAGAUAAUUUAGACGACGAAAUUGAAAAACUUGAUAACGAAGUCCCAAAAUUAAAAAUUUCUAAAGCUCAAAAACGUCGAGACAAGAAACAACAGCAAGAGAAAGACAGGGAGGAGCAGAUUAAAAUACAAGAAAAAGAAAAUGUUAAUGGGCCGAGAAAUGUUGAAGUACAAGCAAUUACUGAGAAGUUAAAGAAAAAGAACUUAAAAUUAUUCCCCAUACCAUCUGAUGGUGAUUGCCUAUAUAAAGCUGUAGCACAUCAAUUAGAUAUUAAUAGACAUCAAACACAUACCGUAGAUGAACUUAGGAAAAAUGUGGCUAUGUAUAUAAGAAGCCACAAGGACGAUUUUAUACCUUUCAUGUCUCAUCCUGAUACAAGUGAAAUGCUUGAUGAUGGGCAGUUUGAAGAGUAUUGUGAUAAAAUAACUGGCACCAAGGUCUGGGGUGGGCAGUUAGAAAUUAGAGCCUUGUCCAAUUCUUUGAAAUGCCCCAUUAGUGUGAUUCAAGCAACUGGACCAGAUAGUAUUGAGCAGGGGAUGGAGUUUGACGGUCCUCCAUUGAUAAUAACUUACCAUAGACACAUGUAUAGCUUAGGAGAACAUUAUAAUUCAACUUGUGCUAAAGUGGAUGGUGAAGAGAACUAAGAUAAUAAAACAACUAAUUACUCUUAUAAUACCUGCAUUGUAAGUACAUAUUGGUCUGCAUUUACUCUGUGUAAAGUUUAUUUAAAAUAUAAGCAAUUUAAACGUC